GGCCAUUUGUUUAUCAGACAUCCCCUGCUACCACCUCUGCACAAUAUCUACACUAAAAUCUGUGGGUCUUAGACAGAGAGAGAGAGAGAGUUGCUUGAUUCACCGUGAGAGACAGAGCGGGAGAGCUGCAACUCCCCACCAAUAGUACGCUUUGCAAGUUGCGGCGAGCACGAACCCCAAGGCAAAACCAGGCGGAAGCAGCAAAACAGAGCAUCCGAAAGCAGGACUGCAGGAGCAACCAGCUGCUCCGUUCAAGAGCCAGAGGGAGAAGCACAGGAAGCCAUGGCCCAUCCCUUCUUCCGCCUCCCUUUGCUCCUCCUACUCCUGGUGGCGUCCCCGCGCGUCAGCGGGCAGGGAGAGGAGGAAACAGCGCUCGCCGUGGCGGCGCGGCUGUUGCCCCGGCUGGCCGCCUCCUUCGGGGAUGGGUACAUGCAGCUGUUCGGCGGCUCCAACCUCGCGCUCCACGGCGGCGGCGGCCAGGUCCGCAUCGCCCUCGACGAGAGGACAGGUGCUGGAUUCGCGUCGCGGGGCGCGUACCUUUACGGCUUCUUCAGCGCCAGCAUCAAGCUGCCGGCCGACUACACUGCCGGCGUCGUCGUCGCCUUUUAUAUGUCGAACGGCGACGUGUAUGAGAAGACGCACGACGAGCUGGACUUUGAGUUUCUGGGGAACAUCAGGGGGAGGGAAUGGAGGGUGCAGACCAAUGUGUAUGGCAACGGCAGCACGUCGGUCGGCAGGGAGGAGAGGUACCGCCUGUGGUUUGAUCCGACGGAGGACUUCCACCGGUAUGCCAUCCUCUGGAGCCACGACAGGAUCGUAUUCUACAUUGACGAAACGCCGAUCAGGGAGGUUGUGAGGACCGAAUCCAUGGGUGCUCAAUUCCCCUCCAAGCCAAUGUCACUCUACGCAACCAUUUGGGACGGCUCCAGCUGGGCCACCUCCGGAGGCCGCUACAAGGUGGAUUACAAGUACGCGCCCUUUGUCGCGGAGCUUGCCGACCUCACGCUGCAUGGCUGCGCCGUCGACAGCUUGACCUGCACACCGGACAAUGUUAGUGUCCAUACUACGGUGGCAAUGUCCGGCAGGCAGCGGUCGGCGAUGAAGAGGUUUAGGACAAAGUACAUGACUUACAGUUACUGCUACGACCGUCUCCGGUACUCUAGGCCUCAGCCAGAGUGUGACGUUGGUCCUGAGGCCGAGCUGUUCCUCCCGACCGGCGAGGCGACGUUCAUGGACCGCCAUGGGCGGGGCAAGCGCCACCGGCGUGGUUCAGUGGAUUCAGCGCUCUGACAAUAAGGAAUGUACAAUGUUCUUGUGGCAUUCUCAUCGCCAUAUAUAUAAUUGGCUCAUGCAUUGGAUGAAAGAUUGUACUGCACC